AAAUAAAAUCAAGACGUUUUUUUCUGCGCAUCAGAAGGAGGAUUACGGAGUUCUACAGCUCUAAGAGUUGCUGCGCUUGAGUUGAGGAGACAGUCUCGCUGGGAUCCUCUCAGGCUCUGGAUCUCUCUGCAACAUUUACAAAUCAAGCUGCAGAGACCCUCCUCUCUCCUGGGUUUUCUUCAGUGAUGGAGAAGUACGAGAAGAUCGCAAAGAUCGGGGAGGGGUCGUACGGAGUUGUGUUCAAGUGCAGGAACAAAGACACGGGACAAAUCGUCGCCAUCAAGAAGUUCGUGGAGUCUGAAGACGAUCCCAUCAUCAAGAAGAUCGCGCUGCGGGAGAUCCGGAUGCUCAAGCAACUGAAGCACGCUAACCUGGUGAACCUGCUGGAGGUUUUCCGGAGGAAGAGGAAACUCCACCUGGUGUUCGAGUACUGCGACCACACGGUGCUCAACGAGCUCGACCGACACCCCCGGGGAGUUCCCGAGCAUCUUGUGAGGAGUAUAACGUGGCAGACUCUGAAAGCUGUAAACUUCUGUCACAAACAGAACUGCAUCCACAGAGACGUGAAGCCGGAGAAUAUCCUGAUCACCAAACAGCAGGUCAUCAAACUCUGCGACUUCGGGUUCGCCCGGAUACUCACGGGCCCCUGUGAUUACUACACGGACUACGUGGCGACGCGCUGGUACCGGGCCCCCGAGCUGCUGGUGGGCGACACGCAGUACGGGCCCCCGGUGGACGUGUGGGCGGUGGGCUGUGUGUUCGCAGAGCUGCUGUCGGGGGUCCCGCUGUGGCCCGGGAAGUCUGACAUGGACCAGCUCUACCUGAUCCGCAGAACCCUCGGAGACCUGACCCCCCGACACCAGCAGGUGUUCAGCAGCAACCAGUUCUUCUGCGGAGUCUCCAUCCCAGAGCCCCCGCAGAUGGAACCUCUGGAGCAGAAAUACCCCAGCGUGUCUCACCAGGCUCUGAGUCUCAUGAAGGGUUGUCUGAGGAUGGACCCCUCGGAGCGUCUGUCCUGUGAGCAGCUGCUGCAGCAUCCGUACUUCAACAGCCUGCAGGAGAAGAGCUGCUCCUCUCAGGAACGCUCCGGGAACAGGAGGACCAGACUGACCCGCAAGCACCUCCCCCCCGGGUAUCUGCCUCAGCUGACGAGCAGCAGCAUCUUCCCGUCGCUGGACAAUAAGAAAUACAACAGCAACCUGCGCCGGUUCAACUACCACCUGCCCAACAUCUGAGCCGAGGAUUCUCUGAUCCUGAUGUCAGUCUAUGCACUAUUCCAGACACGUGUCCUCAGUUUUGUAUCUGAUUCUCCCGUGUCAUUUCUGUAGUUUUUGUAAAGACAAGGAGCGGCGCUCUGCGUGUGAACUGAAGGUCCGUUUGCUGCCUUUCCUUUGUUUGCCAAAUGUAUUUUUAUAACGACGGACUCUUUAUAAAGAAACGUUUCUAGGGACUUUUUGACACAAACUUUGAUAUUUCUGAAACUAUUUAUUGACGUCAGGACGGAGUAGUCCUGUAAUGUUGCGUAAUCAUUUGAUGAAUUGUUCUAUAUUUACACUUCAUUUGAUAAUAAACAGCCUGGAUGCAAUAUGUUAUACACUCCCCUGCAUUUUUACAAAUAAAUGAUCACAUAUUGCAAAACCUCAACGACUAGUGGAUCAUUAGAAAAAUAAGUGCCAAUUAUUGAGACCAUUUACUUUCACUGAUUUGAAAACUAAAACACUUUAAUAUUUGCUGCUUUUCUGUUUCAUAUCAUAAUAAAGUGAAUACUCUAUAUUUUAGAAGCAGGGAUGCAUUUUACACAUUUUCUGACAUUUUCUUGACUUAAAAAUAUUUAAUUUAUAUUAAAAUAAUUGUUGGUUUCAGCAAAAAAUACACGCAUUUUGUAAACAACCAAAAUCUUUGUCUUAAUCACAGAUUGUAUUUUUUAGGAAGGAAAACAGUGAAACUUGGGUGUAGUUUUGGCCAAUAAAAUAUAGUAAAAUAUAUAACAAAUAAAGCCUAAACUCAAUAAAAGAUCAUCUUCUGAAUGAAUUGAUUAUUUAAAUGAAUGCUUUAAUGCAUAAAAACAACAUGUAUUUUGAUCAACGAACGCUUGGAUUUGAUUGGCUAGUACAUAAUGCAUGAGUAUAUACAUUUCUCAUCAGGAACAAAUGACUAAAAAUCCUGUGUGUAUUUGAUUUAUGUAUUUAGGCUGUUUAUUGCUGAAUGAAAUGAGCAUUUAUUACAUGCUGUGUUUUUACAAGGUGCUAAGGAUGUUCACAGCCAUCUCUCCGCAGAUUUCAUACAAAUGCCAAAUUAAUGUAAAGAGAACAAGUUGAAUCCUUUGUACAAACACACAGAGUCACCUUUAAUAUCUUGAAUGUUGAAAAUAUAAUAAUAAAUACAGAUUUGUUCAAGAAAAAACAUCAAUAAAGUGCUCGUUUAAAGCUGAA